UCUACUGCUGUCGAAAAUAACCAAACUUUUUUUUCUGCUAUGUGUGUUUGUCACAAAUGGGCAAAACGGCGACGGUUCAUGCUAUUUCUCUCAAUGAAUCCGUUCAAUUACAUACAAUCGGUAUGGUGUGUCGGAGAAAACGAGACUGGCGAGAAAAGGAAGGCCAUUCGCUUUCCUCAUGCGCAAAUUUAUACAAUUUGAAACACAUAAACGCCAAUAAAUGUAUUAUGGCUGGUUUUGUGGCUGUUCAUACGGGGGCGGGUAAUUGUGUAAAUGAAACAAAGUACAAGAAAAUUUGCAAGGAAUCAUGUCUACUUGGAACAUCGAUACUCAAGUCCGGUGGUACAGCGCUUGAGGCUUGCGAGGCGGCCAUCGUUGCACUGGAAAAUUGCGGUUACACCAACGCUGGUUAUGGGUCAAAUUUGACAUGGGACGGUAGAAUUGAAUGUGAAGCAUCGAUUAUGGAUGGUGCGACACGACAAUUUGGCGCAUGCACGAAUCUAUCAAGAGUGAAAAACCCAAUCAGAUUGGCACGUAUCCUCUGCGAACGGCAAUCGAAAUUACUAUCAAUGGAUCGCAUACCGCCAAUGAUUUUAUGUGGUGAUGGUGCCGUUAAGUAUGCGCAAGAAAUAAAUUUACCGUUGGUAAACGAGGAGGAUAUGAUUUCAAAUAAAGCACGCAAGACCUACGAUCACUAUCGCCAAAAUAUUGAGCAAUAUGAAAAUACGUUUAAUGUAAAAGUUACUCCCUUAGAUACGGUUGGUGCUGUGGUUGUUGAUUCGUUAGGUAACUGUGUGGCUGGCUGCAGCUCGGGUGGUCUUAUAUUGAAAUUAUCGGGCCGAAUUGGACAGGCUGCAUGCUAUGGAGCUGGAUGCUGGGCAUCAAAAGAGAAGAAUAAAUCGAUUGCUACUUGUACAACUGGCAACGGUGAAUAUUUGAUGAGGACAUUACUAGCCCGCGAAAUCGUGACUAAUUUAAAAAAUGACCAAUGCUCGAUUUUAUCGCUACAUAAAACGUUCAAAAAUGAUUUCCUCGAAUCUCCAUUUUUAAAACAUUUAGACGAAGUAUAUGGUGGUGCCUUGACACUGGUCUAUGACGCAGAGAAUGGCGAUGGUGAGCUCUUAUGGAGCCACACAACGCAGUCGUUUUGCAUCGGCCACAUGAGUACAAAACAGAAAUCACCACGUUUUGUAUUUUCAACGUUGCCUGAAAGCAAAAAGCAAGGAAAAUCUAUCAUGGUACAAGGUCAACAUUUCAAAGUGCCAAUAUGAUGUAUUUGUGUGAAUUGAAUUUAUUUAAUGAAACAUUCUUUGACGACUUAAGAUAAAUCUAUAUUCGUAUGUAAUUAAAGCUGCUAAUUAAAGCUAAUUAUACAACUAAA